UCAGAGCUGCUGCAGUAUAAACAAGCCAUACACUCACACACACACUCUCUCUCUCUCUCUCUUCCACACACACACACACUCACACACACUCCUGCGGAGGCGGAGCGGCGGUGUUUCGGCUCAUGGCAGGACUCUCUGGAACAGGAAAAUAACCAUGAAUCUAUUGGCAUCAUGCUUAAGGCCAGACCAGGCCUUUGUAACCCUCGCCACCAAUGACAGCUAUGCUAAAGGAGCCCUGGUUCUGGCUCAGUCCCUGAAGAACCACCAGACUUCCCGCAAGCUUGUGGCUCUGAUCGGCCCUCACGUUUCAGAACCGUCCAGAGCGGUGUUGUGUAAGCUGUAUGAUGAGGUCCGGCUGGUGGACGUGAUGGACAGUGGAGAUAAGGCUCAUCUGGCCUUGAUGAAGCGUCCCGACCUCGGGGUCACCUUCACCAAACUGCACUGCUGGACCCUCACACACUACAGCAAGUGUGUGUUCAUGGAUGCAGAUACACUGGUGGUGUGUAACGUAGAUGAUCUGUUCGAGAGAGACGAGCUGUCAGCGGCUCCAGACCCCGGCUGGCCCGACUGCUUUAACUCUGGAGUGUUCGUGUUCCGGCCUUCCAUCGAGACAUACGAGAAACUGCUGACCUUCAGCACAGAGAACGGCAGCUUCGAUGGUGGGGAUCAGGGGCUUCUGAACAGUUUCUUCAGUGACUGGGCCACAGCAGAUAUCUCCAAACACCUUCCGUUUAUCUACAACCUCAGCAGCAUCGCCAUCUACACCUACCUCCCUGCCUUCAAACAGUACGGGCACAAUGCUAAAGUGGUGCACUUCCUGGGGAAGGUGAAGCCGUGGGACUAUGUGUACGACUCCAGCAGCCGGACGCUAAAGGGUCAGGCGGUGGAUCCGAACCUGCAGCCCAACUACCUGCUGCAGUGGUGGAGCCUGUUCUCCUCCGCAAUUGUUCCUCUGAUGAAGGAGGAGUUCGGAUCCCAGCCCUUCUACACCGGAGUGGAGGAGGUGGGAUUCCAUGACAAGACUCCUCAGAUGAACUGGGCUCCUCCUCCUCCAGCACCUCCUCAGGUCUCCUCUCAGGAGCGGAAGAAUAACUGGGAGCAGGGCCAGGCGGAUUACAUGGGCAUGGACGCUUUCACAAACAUCGAGAGAAAGCUCGACUCCUUCCUGAAGUGAAAAAAUCUGAACACGUGCCACCGUUAGUUAGUCUCUGUACCAGCUUCCCAACCCUGACCCUGGAGAACCCUGACCCUGCUUAUUCCAGGCAUUAACCCUUUAACAUACUCAGUAAGAAAAAAAAAAGCUAGGGAUUAUUUUUGUAUUGUUUUGUUUAAGACAAUAAAAUUUUUUUUUUCUUUUUCGUGCUGUAAGAAGUUACAUAAUUUCAUUUAAUUUAUUAAAUCCUCUGAAACUAUAAUAUGCUAAAGUUAAUAAUAUAUAUGGAAUAAUAUAUUUCAUCCUCAGAGCAAGAGAGCCAGCCGCAGCUCUACACCAGCUUUAAAGGAGCUAAUCUUGGUGACAAAUAUAAUUUAAACAUGCCUAUUGUUACUAAAGCCUGCUAAAUUAGCUAGUUAGCAUUUCCCAGAAAAAAAUGCUUAACAUUUCAUUACCUGCCUACUCUCAAUAUUUGGUAAAAAAUAAGAAAAUAAGGUAGUUAAGACUUUUGAUUAACACUUGAUUAACACUUAAACAAUAGUAAUUUUCUAUAAGAGAGUAUUUUAAUCAGGCAACCAUAUAUUAAAAUGAAUUUAAAUUUUGAAUAAACCAACACAGAUUGUCAACCUAAAACAACAGCAUUCCCUUUAUCCUCCAGGCUUUGAGGCUAAAACUACAAUAAUUCUUUAAAAAUUUGCUGGUCUGAAACCUUUGGCCUAGAAUUGCAGCUGGUUCUCUGGCCUUGUAGAUUGAUGCAACUUGUAAAGAAUGAAAAAGCAUACUACUGAAAGACACAGCAACCUCUAGUGGAGGGCACCCUUCAUUAACCUAACAUACCCCUACCACCCCUCAAAGAGGUUGGGUUCAUUACUAUCUUAGCACUUUAAGCAACUGGUAAGAAGAUACAUGAACUAAAAUGUUCACUGGGAGUUAAAGGGUUAACCAACCUGGCCAGUGUUAAGGUGUUUGGCGAAUAUGCAGAGCAGUGGGUUCUCCAGGAACAGGGUUGGUGACCACAGCUUUAGAGCAUGGAAACACAGCCGGUUCUCCAACCAAAGUGUGAAUGAAGUCAGUGUAUUCUUUUUUUUUUUUCCUUUUCCAAUGUGUGAUCAUUUACAGUAUUUUUCUACCUGUUUUAGAAACAACUAUGCAUCCUCACUAGAGAACCUCCUGCUUAGAACCCUCACUGUGAAACAACAGUCCAAAUAUACUCACUGUAAAAACCUGAGGACACGCCGUCAUUCUAUAGUCCAGAAGAACCUGGGUCUGUUUUUCCUAUGUGGGGUAAAAUUAAUGCUGGUAACAGGGUGGUAAAUUUUUUAAACACCAAAUGUUUAAUCCUAUGUAUGUCACUGGAUCUUCUGAACUAACAUCUCAGGAGUGGUGGAGACUGCGCUUCUUCUUUAAGGUAGCAACCAUAUUGAACAAUGGUUAUUUUUAGGUUCUUUUAAAUCCUUAUUCUGCUUGCAGUUCAAGCUUCAGAGGUCCCAGAGACAUUCAGGGGAAAUGUAGAAGCAGGACUAUAGUUUCUGAACUGGUUCUGUAGUUCUUUACACAACACUGCUCUCUAGAAUUGACACACAAACGUUUACUGACACUGAACUAGACUUUAUAAAUAUAGACUGUAAUUCUGACUAUCCUAUCAAGACUAGUAGCUAAUUAUUAUUAUUUUUUUUAUUAUUCCUAUUAUAAAAUAGGGGGAUUUUUGUAUACAGCAUUUCCCUUCACAUGUAACAGCCAAGACUGAGCACUGAAAACCACAGUACAGCUUUUCACUCCAACAUUAAAGAGCCCAUACCCCAAAAAACUGAGCUUCCUUCAUUUUUUUUAGGUUUACAUUUUUAUAAAUCAGUCUCAGCCUCUCUCUGCAUGUAUCGGGAUAUUCUUUUCUGUGUUUUUUUUUUUGUCACUAAAAUCUGAUUAUUUUUUAUUUCUGGCACUCCGUUUUCAAUGUUGUUGUGUGGAUAGACAAAAGGCAUUGCAAAUUUCCACAUUAAUAAAUGUAAACACUGAGGGUGCAUUUAAAAACUGAUUUUUU